AUGGCUGUUUAUGGUGAGCUAGGAAGGUACCCCAUUGACUGUUUUAGCAAGAAACAACGACUUAAGUAUUUCAACCAGGCAACAAACUCUGAUAACACAUUAUUAAUAAGAGAAGCCUACUUAGUAAAUAAGAAUGUAAAAGGGGAUUCAAGAUAUGCUUCUCCAGAGGCUAGUUUAUCCAACUGUUCUUGGUAUAGCCAGUCAGCGUGUUGUAAAAGAACUGAAGUGACGUCUGUCUUUGGUGGCAUGUAUUCACUGUAUGGUGCUUCUACCGCCUGUCAGAGUCGACUCAAUUACAUGAUGUGUUAUUUUUGUAGCCCUGCACAAGGGGAGUGGUAUGACAACCAUGUUCGUAUCUGUAUGGAAUUCUGUGAUGAUACUUAUACUAAUUGUAUGAACGCUAAAUAUAAUGGACACACCAUUGGAGAAAAAUACCGGAAUGGUCGACACUUCUGUGAAUCACAACAGUUUGAAGUAGUGCACAGCAAACAAGGAUGUUUUGACUUUGACCCUGGUGCUUUUGGUUCAUCCACAAUGAGUGCUCUCCACAAAGUUGUUUUUUUAAUUUCAGUUUUUGUAUCCAUACUCAAUACUGUAUGAUAGUCAAUUUUUAAAAUUUAGGAAAA